AGAAACGGAUGUGCAGCUGUUUUUCAAUUCCACUCGUCUCAGUAUCCACAUGUAAUAUAACAAGCAUGCAUGCAUAAGUAGCUAAUUCUUAUCGAGAAAAUAAAACACAUGGCGGAGUCAAGCAAAGCAACUGCUAACACAAGAGCAUCUAGAACGACCACUGUCAAGAAUGCCAGUGAAGAAAAUGACAUUGAUGUUCAGGCAGUCUGUCCAUCCCCAAGGUCAGAAGAUGCAACUCCCACUGCUGACGUCCAAGCUGAUUCAGAAAAUGAGGUGACCGCUGGAAAAGGUUCUGUGGAGGAGCAGAGUGACCCCACCCCUGCAGCAGCAGCAGCAGCAGCUGCCUCAGAGUCCACAGCAUCCGUGACGGUGACGUGGGAGCCAGAGACUGAGAUGGCAGAUGACGAGACCCAUGGGGACCAAGAGGAGGACCAAAGUGACCAAGACGAGAACGAAAAAGUUGUUGCAGUUAAGUCUGGAAAAAGGAAACCCGAAUCCACAGUCGAUGCCUCUCCAUCGAAAAAAAUAAAGCGCCUAAAUGAUGGCUUUUGUCUUUUUGUUGGCAGUUUGAACACCUCUAAAACAUAUGAUGAGGUCAAAGAUUCUCUAGCAAAUUACUUUUCAGCACAGAGUAUUUUGGUUCAAGAUAUAAGGCUGGAUAGUUCACGGAAAUUCGCAUACAUAGACCUUCCCACAGAGGAAGACUUAUCUAAAGCUUUGAUUCUGAAUGGAGAGAAGAUACUGGACAAGCCAAUGAGGAUUGACAAGGCAAAAGUCAAAGAAAUCAUAGCAAAAGCAAAACAUGCCUGUACGUUGUUCGUAAAGGAAAUCCCAUAUUCAGCAACAAAGGAGGAGCUAAAGAUAGUCUUUGAUGAGGCAGUGGACAUUAGGUUUCUUGGUGGCGGUGAUGGUCCAAAUAAAGGAAUUGCAUUUGUGGAUUUUAAAACGGAGUUCAUAGCUGAGAAAGUUCUGAAGGCAAAACAAGGGACUGACGUCGGUGGUCGUGCUAUCAUUAUCGACUUUUUAGGAGAAAAGAGUGCCCAAAUGUCUAAACAAGUUCCAGCUGAGGCUACUCCAACAAACACUUUGAUGGUGAAAAACCUUUCAUACAAAGUGAAAGAAGAUUCCCUGAAGAAAGUCUUUAAGAAAGCAGUCAGUGUCAAAAUACCAAAGAUGCAUGGCAAGAGAAGAGGAUUUGCUUUAAUAAAGUUUGAAAGUGAAGAUGAUGCCAGGGAUGCCAUCCAAUCUUUACAGAGCACAGAGAUCAAUGGGAGAGCAAUCAGAAUAGAAUUUGACAAGUUUAUACAAGUUCAUGAGGGUGAAAAAGUUCUUUCGAAGACAUUGGUCAUUCGGGGUCUUGCAAAGGAGACCAGCAAGGAAACUUUGGAAAGUGCCUUUGAAGGAGCAAUAGGUGCCCGCAUCGUCACAAGCAACAAUGUUUCCAGGGGAUUUGGGUUUGUAGACUUUGAGAACCCUGAAGCCUGCAAGGCUGCUAAGGAUGCCAUGGAGGACUGUGAAAUAGACGGGAGCAAAGUGGCUAUCGAUUAUGCCGUAGUCACCCGAGGGGCUGUCAGGGGAGGGUUUAGAGGUCAACCCAAGGGGCGUGGAGCUGCAGGCAGAGGGGGUAUCCGUGGAAGACGGGGAGGUCCUGGGGGAGGGAGAGGAGGUGAUUCAGGAACGAAGCUUAAAAGUGGAAAACCUCAGAAGAAAAAAGUUCAAGUAUGACAAGAUCUUCAGGAGACUGCUCUACUGUAAUUUAUAAAAAAUAACAAAUAGUUUGGUCAUGAGUACCCCAGCCCCCUUCAGUUCACCCAAAGAAAUGAUUAGGCUGGUUGAUUUUAAACGUUGUGUUUUGGGGGGUUUGUUAACUAAAUGAUUGCAGAAAUAUUUCCUUUUAUUACCACAAAAUGUAAUUAGUCAUUGAUUUGAUCGGAUUUUGUAAUCUGUAAAGACUGAGAUGGAUGUAGGGUAAUAAAAUGACCCUGAUUACUGUA